AUGGUUCCUGCGCCGAGCUGUCCGUUUACGUGGGACUACUGGACGUCCUCGCCAUCGGACGUGGUAGAGCUCACGUGUUUGUUACCGAACUCUGUUUACAUUCCUCUGAGGAUAAGUUGGGAUGCCACUCUCCAGGAUGUCAAAGAGGAUAUAUGGGACAGGGCUGUCAACUUCCCUCUAUUUGGGAUGUUGCAUGAGAUGUCCAGCUAUGUCUUCCAGUUUGUCAACUCCCUCGCAGUACUUGAGGAGGUUGAUGAUGAGAAUAAGCGCAUCCGUGACAUAAAACCAGUAUGCGGUGUGCUUAUGAUAGUCAAGAAAUCUUAUGAAAGACCUGGAGAACAGUUGCUGAACACACAUAUUAGCCGUCUGAUUGGAAAAAGCCUUAACGAAUUCGACAAUAUUCGAAGUUCGGAGGUGAAUGACUUUCGAAUGAGGAUGCGUUACCUAGCCGAGGAAAGUCUAAUACGUCGGGCGCAAAGCACCAGGUUGGAGAGGCUUCGGUACCAGUGCCCACCAAGACUCGCAGAUCAGCCCGGGACGCCGACCACGCUGCGGACAAUCCUGACACAACACUGUUUCUUACUUGUCACUAAAUUCGCUAAUUUGGAGGUAUCAUUUUCAACAAGCGUCCCAGAGACGAGAACACCACAGCAGCACAUCGAGGUGAUCCUCCGUAGGUUGGCGAACUCCUUGAACAUGCGAGGAGAGGAUCCUCACAACUACGUGUUGAAGGUGUGUGGGCGCGAGGAGUACCUGUUCGGAGACUACCCGCUCAUCCAGUUCCUGUACAUCCAGGAGAUGCUGGCCACAGACGGAGUGCCGCAGGUCAUGACGGUCAGCAUGGAUAAACUGCCGCUGACGCUAAGUCGAGACCUCCCCUACUACCCAUACUGCUUACCCGAGCGCAGACGACUGACGUCAGAGCAUUCGAACACGAUGAGAAGAAAGAAAAAUGAAUCUUCGUGGAAUAUUCAUAAAGAAUACUCUUGCGUGGUGCAGAGCGUUAGCAAACUUAACGUCGACCCUGGGAAUGGUGCAACUGUGAUAUGCCAAGCCGGUAUCUUCCACGGCGGCCGGCCUCUAUGUGAGACGCAAAAGACGAAGCCGGCAGUGAUGACAGAUGGCACAGCGGUGUGGGACGAGGAACUGACGUUCCCCAUCAAAGUGUCCAACAUACCACGGAUGGCCAGGAUCUGCUUCGGCGUCUACGAGAUCUCUAAGACUAAGAGCAAGAAGAAGGGGAAGGAGGUAAUAAAUAGACUGACAUGGGCGAACACGAUGGUGUUCGACUACAAGGAACAGCUCCGUACAGACGGUGUGACGCUGUCUAUGUGGACACACGUGGCGGAUGACACCCAGGGAGACGACCUCGUCCUACAUCCACUUGGGACAGUGGUCUCUAACCCUAUAUCUGGGUUCAGAGAGUCCUGUGCCGCUCUACAGGUCAAGUUCUCUAAUUACGACUGCCAAUACCCAGUGUUAUUUCCGAAAGAGGAGACGGUGCGAGAGUACUCGGAAAACAUCGAGACAGUGUCGCCCGAGGUCAUGGAGAGACUCAGCAGGGAGUACGACAGACUACGGGCUACUGCCGAGAAAGACCCCAUGUAUGAAAUGCACGAGCAGGACAAGAAAGACAUCUGGGCUUCGAGAGAGCGGUUCCGGUCGGAGGCGCCGGAGCUGCUGCCGAAGCUGCUGUCGUGCGUGGAGUGGGGCGAGCGAGCCGACGCGGCCGCCGUGCGCCGCCUGCUGGCCGCCUGGCCGCUGCUGCGGGUCGAGGCCGCGCUCGAGCUGCUCGACUACGCGUACGCAGACUGCGCCGUCAGGAGCUUCGCCGUCAAGUGCCUCGGGAAGAUCAGUGACAACGACCUCCUCCUGUACCUGCUGCAGCUGGUCCAAGCACUGAAGCACGAGUCGUACCUCAUGUGUGACCUCUCCGUGUUCCUGCUCAAGAGGGCGUUCAAGAACAUGACCAUCGGACAUUACCUCUUUUGGCAUUUAAGGUCGGAGAUGCACGUGGCGUCAGUAUCAGUGCGGUUCGGUCUACUACUGGAGGCGUACUGCCGCGGGUGUCAGGACCAUAUCAACAGCCUGUCGCGGCAGAUCACGUGUCUAGACAAACUCAAAUGGGCGUCCCAGUGCGUUCGGAAGAAGAAGGAAAUAAAGCAAGCGCGGGCCGCCCUCAUCCAUCACCUACAAGAGCAGCACUGCCUCGAAACUCUCUGUGAUUUUGUCUCGCCGCUUAACCCUAGUUUUGUUUGCAAGAGAAUCAAGCCUGAUGAAUGUCGAGUUAUGGACAGCAAAAUGAGGCCGUUGAAGCUUAAGUUCGAGAACGCAGACCCCACCGGCUCAGACAUUAGCAUUAUACUGAAGAUAGGAGACGAUCUAAGACAGGACAUGUUCACAUUGCAAAUGUUGAGGAUCAUGGACAGGCUGUGGAAGAAUCAUGGUUAUGAUUUUAGAAUGAUCCCCUACAACUGCAUCUCGAUGGAAUAUGCUGUGGGUAUGAUCGAGGUGGUGGAGGACGCCGCCACUGUCGCCAAUAUACAGAAACAGAGCUCACUCUUCAAUGCCGCAUCCACUAUUUAUAAGUCUACGUUAUUACAAUGGUUAAGACGAAAUACAGAGAACAACGAGGUGGCGUUCAACAAGGCGGUGAAUGAGUUUACAAUGAGCUGCGCCGGAUACUGCGUGGCCACGUAUGUACUGGGCAUCGCUGAUAGACAUCCAGACAAUAUCAUGGUCAAAACCAAUGGCCAGCUAUUCCACAUAGACUUUGGUCACUUCCUGGGUCACUUCAAGCAAUGGUACGGGUUCAAGCGAGAGAGGGCGCCGUUCGUGCUCACUCACGACUUCAUACACGUCAUCAACAAGGGACAGAAGGGCUCCGGGGACAAACUGCCCAUCGACUUCAAGAUAUUUAGGGAACAUUGCGAAAAGGCGUUUACAAUACUCCGUAAGCACGGGCACCUGAUACUGUCACUGUUCUCAAUGAUGAUGUCCACCGGACUGCCCGAGCUCAGCUCAGAAAAGGAUCUCCAAUAUUUACGUGAAACUUUAGUAAUGGAUCUAUCGGAAGAGAAAGCGAUGGAGCAUUUUAGACAGAAGUUCAAUGAAGCAAUGAAGAAUGGUUGGACGUCAUUCAACUGGGUGAUUCACAACAUCGACAAGAACAACUGA